AUGCAUUCUCCAUGGUCCAAGCUGCAAGCCGAGGGAAUCCAGGAGUUCUCGCUGAGUCCUGGCCAAAACUACUCGGUAGCAGUGUUUAUUCCCGAGAAAUCAGGCCGUCCAGCCUGUGUUCGUGUCUACAACAUUCCUAAUUUCCAGCAACCAGUCAGCCAAAAGACCUUCUUCAAAGCCGACAAGGUGCAGAUGAAAUGGAACAAACUCGGCACCGCUUUGUUAGUAUUAGCAUCUACCGACGUCGACCAGUCUGGUAAGUCAUACUAUGGAGAAACCAAUCUGUAUCUGUUAGGCAUUGCUGGUUCUUACGACUCGAGAAUCACUUUAGAUAAAGAGGGUACUAUCCAUGACUUUGCCUGGUCUCCUAAUUCUCGUGAGUUUGGUGUGGUGUAUGGAUACAUGCCAGCCAAGACGACUAUUUUUGAUGCUCGUGGUAAUGUUGUGCACUCGUUGCCAGUUGCUCCUAGAAACACUCUGAUGUUUUCUCCACAUGCUCGGUUUAUUCUGGUUGCUGGAUUUGGAAACUUGCAAGGAACUGUCGAUAUCUACGAUCGUCAAAAGCAGUUUACGAAAGUGGCUACAAUUGAAGCUGCUAAUACCUCGGCUUGUGAAUGGAGUCCUGAUGGAAGAUAUCUUUUGACUGCCACCACCUCGCCAAGACUGCGUGUGGAUAACGGUAUUAGAAUCUGGCAUUUCUCUGGUAAGCUCAUCUAUGCAGUGGAUCACGACGAGCUGUUCUCGGUUUCUUGGAGACCUCAGGAACCCAAUUUAUAUCCUCUUCGUUCCUCCUUAUCACCAGCUCCUGCUCCUCAUGCUUCUGUUGCUACUGUUUCGAGUGUCAAGGCUCCUGUUGCCAGUAAACCAGCUGGUGCAUACAGACCACCACACGCCAGAAGUUCCGGAAUCUCUGCACCCACUCCUCUUUUCCAAAGAGCUUUAGCUAGAGAUGGGGGGUCUCCUUCUCCUGUGCCUGGAGCUGGUUCUUCUGUUCCUGGAGCCGGAGCUUCUUCUACUGCUGCUGCCGCUGCUGCUGGACCUGCUCUUUCUAAGACGGCUGCUAAGAAUAAGAAGAAGAGAGAGGCCAAGAAAGCCAAGGACGAUGAAACCUCUUCUGCUUCUGUUAAUGGUAGUGCCAAGUCUGCAUCGCCAUCUCCCGCACCAUCAGCUCCCUCGACACCUGCUGCUCCUGCCUCACCAGGUUUGAACGUGCCCACUGGAUCCAAUCCCGAAGAAAAGAAGAUCCGUUCUCUGCUGAAAAAACUGCGCGCUAUUCAGGACCUGAAACAACGACAAAUCAACGGCGACAAGCUCGAAGACACUCAAGUCCAGAAAAUCUCCACCGAAGACGCCAUCCGCAAAGAGCUCUCCUCGCUCGGCUGGGUCGACAACUUAUAG